UGGAAAGCAAACAGUGGAGAAAACUGGACCGAUUUACCGCAAUGAACUUUCGCUUUGCAAAUGUACUCCCCCGAUCCUCGUGGGCAGGCCUUUCCAUUGGCGGAGGGUCAAUGGUGUGCCUGCCGCUUCUGGGCUUCGAGCCUUUCCACCUUUUGAUUCACGUGUAGUCGCCAUGGUAACAACAGUGCAUUCCCACGUGCUCCUCUCUGGUGCUCUCCCUGUCCAAUCAUUUGCAUUGCAUAGCGACACUGGCCUGGAACUUUCUUUCGGAACUCCCUGUGGCUUCUGGGAGAACCAGGGAUUUCUGGGAGCCCGGGUGGCCGUUGGCGCCAAGUGCCUCAGAGAACCAUACGCUUCCACACUGCGGAGCUGAGGUGAUCUCUUCAGACCCUUCGGAGAGACCCAGACAUCUGACUUCCCACUGAGAGACCCGGAAUUGCCCAGAGUUUGAGAAAGCUGCAUCAGAGACUGCAACAGUCAGCACACAUUCCUGUCUGAUCAGGCUCCUUCCCUCAAGUCCUCUGCGAUGGCUCUGGCGAUGCUUCGGGACUGGUGCAGGUGGAUGGGUGCAAACGCAGAGCGCUCCCUGCUCAUCCUGGAUAUCCCUGACGACUGUGAGGAACAUGAGUUCCAGGAGGCCGUGCAGGCUGCCCUGUCGCCCCUGGGCAGGUAUCGAGUGCUCACCAAGCACUUCAGAAAGGAGCUCGGGGCCAAGGCAGCCUUGGUGGAGUUCACUGAGUAUUUAAACCGAAGCUUCAUUCCCCAUCAAAUACCAGGCAAUGGGGGGCCCUGGAAAGUGAUCUUCCUGCCCCAAGUACCUGAUGUUGAGUUUCAGGAUAUGCCCAGUUUCCCUGCACAGCCCCAGGGGCAAGCAGUGGCAAAAGCUGCAGGUGAGGUAGGAGGCACAGGUGAGGCAGGAGGCGCAGGUGAGGGAGGAGCAGCAGGUGAGGCAGGAGGCACAGGUGAGGCAGGAGGCACAGGUGAGGCAGGAGCAGCAGGUGAGGCAGGAGGCGCAGGUGAGGGAGGAGCAGCAGGUGAGGCAGGAGGCGCAGGUGAGGGAGGAGCAGCAGGUGAGGCAGGAGGUGCAGGUGAGGCAGGAGGUGCAGGUGAGGGAGGAGCUGGAGAUGAGUUGAGAGUUGUAGAAGAGGCAAGAGAGUCAGAUGAGGGAGCCGCAGGUGAUACAGGAACUGCAGGUGAGGCAGGAGCUGUGGGUGAGGCAGGAGGGACAAAAGCCUGGGUCCAGCCUUGGCGCUGCACCCUACAGGCUGUGCUGGAAAACAGGGCCUACCGGGAACUGAGACCCUUUUCAGGGAGGGAGCAGCCAGGCCGCGAGGAAGAGUCCUUUGAGAGCUGGGUGGAGCACGCCAAAGAUAUGCUGCAGCUGUGGUACCAUGCGUCGGAAAGGGAGAGGAAGAGGUGGCUGCUGGAGAGCUUGGGCGGCCCGGCCCUGGAUGUCGUGAGCGGCCUCCUGGAGGAAGAUCCCAACUUGUCCGCGCUGGACUGCCUGGCAGCGCUGGGGCAGGUAUUUAGGAACCAGGACACUCGAAUGACUUCGAGGCUGAAGUUCCUGACCUGCACGCAGGGGCCCCAGGAGGGGCUGUUUGCCUUCGUGGUGCGCCUGGAAGGCCUGCUGCAGAGGGCUGUGGAGAAGGGGGCCGUCCACCCAGCCUUGGCCAACUACCUGCGAUUGCGGCAGGUGCUGUCUCGGGCCCGCCUAAGCGAGGCACUCCAGGAUACCCUGAGGGGGAUGCAGCUGGAAAGGAGGCCACCUGGCUUCCUGGGGCUGCUCCGGCUCAUCCGGGAGAUGGAGGCGUGGGCAGCUUCCCCAGCGAGGAGCCAGCAGGGUGUGGCCUGGCCAGCGGUCCCAGUGGAGAGUGAAGACCCAGCUGCUGCCCAGGCCUCCCCGGCCCAGGGGGACGCCAGCGAGUCUGAUCCUGGAGUGGAAGAUGCUGCCGAGGCCGCUUCUGCCACCAAAGAGGCUGCAAAGGGAGCCCCUGCCGCUGGGGAAGAUGAAAGUGCCCCUGCAGACCUCGAAGGCCUAGGUCAGGCAAGGCCCAUCGAGGUCCCCUGGAGCUCCUCCCCAGCCCGGAUGAGCAGUGCUGCCUGGGUGUUCCCAGGAGGUCCUAGCUGGGGUCCAGAGGGCCUCAUCCAGGUGAGAGGCCAGGAAGCCAGAAAUCCCCCACUGGAAGGGCUCCAGACCAUCUUGGAGGACCCCGAAAACGAGAAUGAGGACGGGGCUGGGGAUGCGGGCCAGCCCAAGUCCUCCCAGGGCAAAUAGGCUCCUAGGGCCCUGGGGCCUCCUCUCCUCUCAGGCAGUAGUGCCUUGGAGGCAGACGGAGGCCAGGCCAGGGCCAGUCUCUCACCCCACAUCAGGAGUAAGGGUCCCCCACUUCCUGCAAGGGGCUCUGGCCUCCACCCCCAUUCCUUCCCCGUGACCCAGAUGACCAGGUUUGAUACGAAAUGGGGUAGGGAGAGGCGCCCCUCCCUCCCUCCCUUGCACCCAGCACACCCAGCCCCAGCCCCAAACCCUGCUGCCACAGGGAACUGGCUUGGAGGGAGCCCUGAGUGGCCAGUUGUGGCCUGGGUGGGAGCACCUGAAGAUGUCUGCGCCCAGCCCAGGCCCUGAGUUGGGAGAGACAGGGGGAAAGAGGCCCUCUCAAUGGUGCCAGCUGCCUGGGUCGUUCAAGAGGGGUCCACCCACUUGCCAUCCCUGGGGCAGGCUGCCCCCUGUUCCGGGAAGCUCACCGUCACCUGUGUAGGCCCUGUGUGACCCACACGCCCAGCAGACGCCCACCCACUGCUAGCCAUCACUCCUGCGAAAUGUCGUGUACUGUGCGCCCAUGCAGACGGCCGCCUCUGGGCCUGGGGCACGUGCUGUGAGCUUCCUGCGAGCCCGGCUCUGCUCGCUGCUGUCCCGCAUCAUGAGCACCACCUCUGCUUUCCCGGCAUAGAUCUAGGCCAGGGACUGCUUGUUCUUGUGGAGCUGUGUGUGUUCUCUGAGCAGCUUCUCCCCGGAGGCCCCCAGCGCAGUCCCAGGAGAUGGCGGGAAGGAGGCGCCAGGGCACGGUGGACGCUCACCCCAUGACCGUGAUGGUGACCGUGACUGCGGGAAGAAGAACCAGACCUGGGGCAGAGUGGGGCUGCGUGAGGCUCCAUAGGGACUAUGCUUUGGCGUUCCAACCCUGUUGUUACUUGUGACUCAGUUUCCUCAGCCUGGUGAGGUGUUCCCUGGUGUUUCCCAGUGUUCUGUGACUGUUCUGUGAGGGCCAUAGGGAUGGGUUCAGGAGGGGGCUCCCUGAAGCCAGUGGACACUGCCAGAGUCCACUGUCCUGGCAAAAGGCAGACCCUGGGGCCCUCGGGAAGGAGGGAGGUGGCGGCAGGGGCAGCAGCGGGAGGGGAAGCAGAUGAGGCACCUUGCCAGGAACCCCAGGAGGAGGGGGCCCAGGACCUGUGGCCUGUGGUGGCCGUUUGCAGUUUCUCUCUGUAUUGUGGUUUCCUUCUCUUCGAUAGUUUCACUAUACGUUUCUCUUCAAUAAAUUUCAUUCCAUGUUCCA